CCGCCCGGAGCCCCCCGCUCCGCGCCGAGGGCGGGUCCGAGCGGGGCUGCUCCGCCCAGCUCCGGGGCCGAGCGGGCAGCAUCGGAGCAACGGGACCGGGCGAACCUACCGGAGACCCGGGACGCAGGGAGCAGCACCGGAGCACCCGGGACCCGCAGGGAGCCGCUGGUCCCUCCCGCCGGGCCGGUGCCAUGGCGGGGGGGGGCGCGGGGCUGGCCAAGCGCCUGGGCACGCUGCUCUCGGGGCUGCUGGAGUGCGGAGCCUUCUGUGGCGUCAUCUUCGGCUGGGCCUCGCUGGUCUUCGUGCUCAAGGAGCUGCACUACUUCGCAGACCUGUGCCACAAUGCCACCGCCGAGCACUCCGGGCUGCCUGACUGCAGCCGCCAGGACGAGCAGUUCUCCCUGGUCUUCACCAUUGGCUCCUUCAUGAACAACUUCAUGACCUUCCCCAUGGGCUUCAUCUUCGACCGCUUUGGCACCGCUGUCGCCCGCCUCAUCGCCAUCUCCCUCUACACCGGCGGGACCCUGCUCGUUGCCUUCUCCACCCCAGGGCUGGCAGUGCUGCUCUUCCCAGCCAUGUCCAUGCUCUCAGUGGGUGGCAUCCUCCUCAUCCUCACCAACAUGCAGGUGGGUAACCUCUUCGGCAAGUACCGCUCCAUCAUCAUCACGCUCUACAACGGGGCCUUCGACUCCUCCUCUGCCAUCUUCCUCAUCGUCAAGGUGCUCUACGAGCGGGGGCUGUCCCUGCGCUCCAUGUUCCUCUUCCUGGCAGCCUGCAGCGCCUGGCACCUGCUGCGCACCCUCUUCCUCAUGCCCCGCAGGCGCAUCCCCUACCCCCUGCCCCCCGCCUACGACUAUGGGCUGCGGUGCCCGGGGUGGUCGCAGUCCUACCGCACCUACGAGGAGAAGCGGCCGGUGGAGGAGGGCGGCGCCGACGAGACCCUCCCGGAGCCCAGCGCGGCCAGAGUCAGCACCUACACCAACGCCUUCGCCUUCACCCAGCUCUGCGGGGUGCUCUGUGCCCCCUGGAACGGGCUCAUCCUCGACUGGCACAAGCGGGGACGGAGCCCCCGCCCCGACGGAGCCCUGGGCGCCUUGGCCGACCUGCGGGCGUCGGUGCUGUCCCUGGUGGUGACGGUGGCGCAGUGCCUGCUGUUCUCGGUGUGCGCGGCGGUGCCCGUCCUGCCCGUCCAGUUUGCCACCUUCGUGCUGCAGGUGCUGAGCCGCUCCUUCCUCUACGGGGGCAACGCUGCCUUCCUCGCCAUCGCGUUCCCAGCGCAGCACUUCGGGAAGCUCUACGGCCUGGCCAUGGCCCUCUCGGCGCUGGUGGCCCUGCUGCAGUACCCCUGUGUCGCCCUCGUGCAGGGACCCCUGGGCGGGGACCCCUUCUACGUGAACCUGGGGAUGAUCGCCGUGGUGCUGGUGGCCUUUGUCAGCCCGGUGGUGGUGGCCCGCGAGUGCCGGAGGCGAGCCCAGGAGCUGGGGGCUGCCGGCACCCCCCUGGCGGCACCCCCCGGCGCCGAGACCCCUGCCGAGACCACCCACUGAGCCCCACGCUUGCCCAGUGCCAGCCCGAUGCCCAGUACCCGUUUGGUACUGGCCUGGGGGGUGCUGUGCCGCGGGGUGGGAGGUGUUGGGGGGAGAAUAAACCUCAGCCCCA